AUGUCGGAAAAUGCAAAUGCGGUGCAACCAAAUAAAAGUCCAAUGCUCGAAGCAAUUAGAGUUAUGAUCGAAAAUAAAAAGUAUACAGAUCAAGUUGGAAACUUAGCAGCGAUGUAUCAACAAUUAUUGAAAAUCGAACAGCAAAAUCCAGGCGCAGCAGAUGUCAUAAUGAAGGAAAUACUCAAAAAUUUAGGAAAUGCCAACAAAUAA